AUAUUGAUGAGUGCGCUAUUGGAACCGACUGCUGUAGCGGUACAACAAGCUUGUGCACUAACACUCAGGGUAGUUUUACAUGCAGCUGUGAUGAGGUCACAUAUACACUUGACUCUGAUAACUGUGCAUGCAUCGACAUAGAUGAAUGUGACACAAGCCCUUGUAGUGGACCAACUAGUACAUGUAAUAACUAUGAUGGUGGGUUUAGCUGUUCAUGCGGGACAGGAUAUGAAUUGAAUGGAAACGUUUGUGUUGACACUGAUGAAUGCCCUAAUGGAUGUUCUGGACCAAGUAGCUCAUGCCAAAAUACUGUUGGAAGUUUUGUGUGCUCAUGUGGGGCUGGUUUCUCCUUAUCUGGAACUACAUGUAACGACAUAGAUGAAUGUGACACAAGCCCUUGUAGUGGACCAACUAGUACAUGUAAUAACUAUGAUGGUGGGUUUAGCUGUUCAUGCGGGACAGGAUAUGAAUUGAAUGGAAACAUUUGUGUUGACACUGAUGAAUGCCCUAAUGGAUGUUCUGGACCAAGUAGCUCAUGCCAAAAUACUGUUGGAAGUUUUGUGUGCUCAUGUGGGGCUGGUUUCUCCUUAUCUGGAACUACAUGUAACGACAUAGAUGAAUGUGACACAAGCCCUUGUAGUGGACCAACUAGUACAUGUAAUAACUAUGAUGGUGGGUUUAGCUGUUCAUGCGGGACAGGAUAUGAAUUGAAUGGAAACAUUUGUGUUGAUAUUAAUGAAUGUAGCGAUGGUUCUAAUUGCUGCGGUGGUCCAACACAUUAUUGUAGCAAUAGUGAUGGAGAAUAUUCCUGUGGUUGUGCUGGAUCUGGCUAUGAAUUAGAUGGUGAUGAGUGUACAUGUGUAGAUUUAGAUGAAUGUGAUUACGAUCCAUGUGGUGGUGUAGGCUAUGGGUGUGAAAACACCGAUGGAAGUUUCAGCUGCUAUUGUAACAAUGGAUUUAGAUUGUCUAACCCUACAACAUGUGUUGAUAUUGAUGAAUGCAGUGAAGGUUCUCAUUGCUGCUCUGGGCCGACGCAUACUUGUAGCAAUUCUGACGGAGGCUACUCCUGUGGUUGUUCUGGAGAUGGCUAUUCUUUAGAUGAUGAUGGGUGUACAUGUGUAGAUAUUGAUGAAUGUCAGAACUCUGAUUGUGAGCAUAACUGUGUGAAUACAGAAGGUUCCUACAAGUGUUACUGCGAUGAUGGUUAUGUAAAAUCUUCAUUUACUGACUGUGACGAUAUAAACGAGUGUACAGUAAUACCAAAUGUAUGUGAUGGUGCUGACUGUUAUAAUGUAGAUGGUUCCUAUUAUUGUGAAGCAGACUCUUCAAACUGUUACUCAUCUUGUAUAGCUGUAAAUGAAUGCACCCUGAACAUGGAUAAUUGUGAGCAAAAUUGCAUAGAUCUUCCAUCUGGAUAUCAAUGUUCUUGCAACCCUGGAUUCAUGCUUGAUGGAAAUGGAAGAACAUGUGGUUGACUCUUGCAAUUGUAUUCUUUUUAAAGCCUAAGUUGUUUUUUUUGUUUUGAACAAUAUACUAAUCGCAUACAAUAUGAACAUGUGUGCAUACACACAAGUGUGUGUUUAAUCUAGUAUGCUAUUUAUAUUUUAAAAUGAUCAAAAUAUCUGACAAUGUAAUUGUUGCAGAAUGUAUUAUAAUUGGCAUGUUAAUUAAAACAAGGGAUUGAAAAUAUGUAAUGAAAUGUUUUUAUUAUAUCUGUUUGCUUUACCUUUUUUCUUUGUUGAGGGCUAUCAAACUUUAUAAGGAAUCAUUUUUCAAAAUUUUAUCAUUCACUUUUUUGCCUCCAUUGGUAUUGACAUUAGAAAUUGAUAUUUAAAGGCCUAAAAUGCUAGUGUGUUCUCCACAGGUUUAAAGGCUGUUUCUUUAACAUAGUAAGCAAUUACAUUUUACUGGUAUAAAACAUUAUAAAAUAGAGCUUACCCUUUUUUUCUUCUUCUGAAAAAAAACAAAAACAUCUACCAAUGCAUUUUUAUGGCAUGCCUUGAUCCAAUGGGCUGAAAUGUAUGUUUUUUUUUUUUAUGGAAGAAUAACCUAGUAAGCCAUUUGACAAAUAUUCUAUGGUUGUUUAUAAUUUUUCAUAUAAACAAUUUAAUUCAU